AUGUCCACAACAGUUGACUUUCACUCGCAUCGCGUCCAACUCGUCCUCGCCGCGCUCUCCGCCUCGCUUGUCACCUCCGGCCUCUUCUCCGCAUAUAAUGCGUACACCUACCGCAAGCGCCGGCGCGCGCUCGAUGAUGAUGUCAAGCGCUCUCUUACGCUCCCUCCGAGCAAGGACCUCCCCAACCUGAGUGGGCGUCCGCAUUCGGAGGACUUGAUAAUGCUAGGGAGCACAACAGACAGUCUGGAAAGUAAGGCUGCUACGCUAGCUGCAGGAGAUGGCGAGUACGACGAAGAGCUCAUCCGUGAGCAGCUUGCGCGGAACUAUGCGUUCUUCAGAGACGAAGGCAUGGCGCGCAUACGCAAGGGCACCGUCGUUAUCGUCGGAUGUGGAGGGGUCGGUAGUUGGGCAGCUGUCAUGCUCGUCAGAUCUGGAAUAGCGAAAAUUCGACUAGUCGACUUCGACUACGUGACGCUCUCCUCGCUCAACCGCCACGCAACGGCUACGCUUGCGGACGUCGGGACGCCCAAGGUGAAGUGCAUCGAGCGCACACUGAAGCAGUUCUCGCGCUGGGUCGAGGUCGAGAGCUGCGUAGACAUAUGGCGAAAGGAGGAGGGCGGAAAGCUGCUUGAGGGAGCGGACUGGGUCAUAGAUGCUAUAGAUAAUAUCACCACCAAAGUAGACCUGCUCAAAUACUGCCACUCGCACGGAAUCAAGGUGUUCUCCUCCAUGGGCGCAGGCGCCAAAUGCGACCCCACUCGCAUCCAGAUCAGCGACAUCUCACACACGAUCUACGACCCGCUGGCGCGCUCCGUGCGACGGCGCCUGCGGCUCGAGGGCGUCUCGUCUGGCAUCCCCGUCGUGUACUCGACCGAGGUUCCCGGCGACGUGAAGCUCCUGCCCCUGCCCGAGGACGAGUUUCAAAAGGGGAACGUGAAGGAGUUGGGCGUGUUCGACGACUUCCGCGUGCGCAUACUGCCUGUCAUCGGCCCGCUGCCGUCCAUGUUCGGCCUGCACAUCGCGACCUAUGUGCUGUGCGAGAUCGCGGGCAAGCCGAUCGUUAAUCCGCUGCCGAUUAAGAACCGGAGGAAGGUGUAUGAGAGGCUGUUGAGGGACUUGUUGUCUCGGGAAACGAAGUUGGCUGGGCAGACUAUCAAUAAACUGCCAAUUGAUGAAGACGAUGUUUCCUUAGUAUUCGAAGACAUUCACAAGGGACGUUCACUUAUUCCGCCGCAUCCAGUCCCGGCUCGCCCAACGUUAGUUCGCUGGGACUUGAAUAAACCUCUUACACUGGAAAAUGUGGUGGUCAUGGAGUUCCCUGAGGCAGAGAAGCAUUUAAAGACACUCUUGGAUGAGCCUCAGAAGCGACCGAGUGAUGUAUGGGGAGAUGAAGUGGAGGCAAUUGUGCAAAGAAAUAACAUUGAGGUUCAAAAGUAUCGCGAAUGGGUAGGCCUUUAG